UCUGUAAUGCCUUUAUUGGCUUGCUUGUCCCUGCCCGGACCAUAAAGAACCAAGAACACGCCCAUUUCUUUACAAGAACCAACUGUUUCUGGCGCCACGAGCCUCACUUUUUAUUCCCCACUCUUUGAAUCCUGAGAGAUUGGCAAGACUAGAGUAAUGCGAAGCAGAGGUAGUUCCAAGCGAAAGAGACGUGCCUCAUCCUCAGAAAAUGAAACGAGAGCUCUACACAACUUGGAAGGUAGAAGCCAAUUUCAGCCGCCAAGUGAUAUUGGAAUGCUGGAUAAAACAUUCCAGGAGGCAGGGGCCAAGUUCCUUAGCUGUGCCGAUAAAGUUGGCUCUUCCUUGAAAGAGACAGAUGAUAGUAAUCUUCAUUUAGAUCAUUCAAUUGGGAUGUCUGAGUCAGAAAGAAAUGACUAUCAAGCCUUGGAACCAGUCCUGCCACCAGAGACUUUAGAGAAUGGACAUUGCAGUAGAAAUGUUAUGAAAAAUGCUUCUUUGAAAGAGAAAUGUGAUGAUGUAAGUUUAGACAAAAGCCACUGGAACAACAAGGAAGAACUGGAUGACUCAGAUUGGGAAGAGGGUUCAAUUGCCCCAGAUGAUCAUCCUAUGACUAUUGAAUUGAAUGUGACCCCUGAUUUAUCUACACAGAAACGAAUUCGCCGUGCUUCAGCCCAGGAUAAGGGCUUUGCUGAGCUUGUGCACAAGGUUCAUUUGCUUUGUUUACUUUCUCGUGGAAGAUUAAUUGACAAAGUCUGUGAUGAUCCUCUAAUUCAGGCUUCGUUGCUUUCUCUACUUCCAGAACACCUGAUCCAGCUAUCAAAUGUCACCAAGCUCACUUCAAAAGCUUUACAUCCUCUUGUUGCAUGGUUUCAUAAUAAUUUUCGUGUUAAAAAGUUUACUAGUGGAGAAAUGUCAUUUCAUUCUGCUGUGGCAUCAGCUCUUGAAACACGUGAGGGUAGUUUUGAGGAGGUUGCUGCAUUAUCAGUUGCCCUAUUUAGAGCUUUGAAUCUUACAACAAGGUUUGUCUCCAUUUUGGAUGUUGCCUCUCUUAAACCAGGUCAAUCCUUUAGAUCUGAUGCAACUGGAUCUAGUAAGGGUGUAUUUAAUGCUCCAACAGUGAUGGUAUCCAGGCCAGAAGAAGACCUUAGGCACCCUAAAAAAUUGUUUUCAGGCUAUGAGAGAGAAAAUUCCAGUGAAAGUUCUCUUGGCCAAUCACAUGAAAGGAAGGAAUACCACUCAACGAGUCAUUUGACUGAGUCCACAAAUCCCCCUUUUGCUCAUGAGCUGAAUGGUAGCGUGUCCAACUCACGAAAUUCUGAGACAGAACAUAAUCACCCUGAAUGUCUCACUAACCAGACUGGUAAAGCAAAGAGGAAAGGGGAUCUUGAGUUUGAAAUGCAGUUGGAAAUGGCUCUUUCUGCUACAGCAAUUGGGGAUGAGUUGAACAAAAAGGAGUCAUGUCUGAGAAUCUUGAAUGCUAAUUCAGAAAAUUCUCCAUCGAAAAGAAUCAAAAGGAUUAUAUGUGAUGAAUCUUUAACCUUCCCGCGUGAAAUGUCUACAGCAGUUGGACCAAUGAAAUUUGGAUCUCCUCUGUACUGGGCAGAAGUAUAUUGCGGUGGAGAGAAUUUGACCGGAAAGUGGGUUCAUAUUGAUACUAUCAAUUUGAUUAUUGAUGGAGAACACAAGGUCGAAUCCAUGGCUGCUGCAUGUAAAACAUCUUUGAGAUAUGUUCUUGCUUUUGCAGGUCAGGGAGCCAAAGAUGUGACCCGCAGGUACUGUACAAAGUGGCACAAGAUUGCGUCACAACGAGUUAAUUCAAUGUGGUGGGAUUCAGUUCUGGCACCACUGAGAGAGCUAGAAUCAGGUGCAACUGAAGGAGUGGUUCAUGUGGAAACAAACCAAGCUAUAUCUGCAGAAUCCAGAAAGGGUAAUUCAUUUGCACCAACUCGGAGCUCCCUUGAGGAUAUUGAGUUGCAGACCAGGGCAUUAACUGAACCUCUUCCAACUAAUCAGCAGGCUUACAGAAGUCAUCCACUUUAUGCAAUAGAGAAAUGGCUUACCAAGUAUCAAGUUCUUCAUCCCAAGGGCCCAAUUCUUGGCUUUUGUUCAGGCCUUCCGGUUUACCCAAGGACUUGUGUGCAGACGCUUAAGACAAAAGGGAGGUGGCUUCGGGAAGGGCUGCAAGUUAAAUCCAAUGAACAUCCUGCAAAGCUGCUCAAAUCUUCUGUAAAACAUCAAAAAGUACAAGAUUCUGAGGCUGAUGACUAUGGUGGCAGUGAUUCUAAGGAAAAUAUUGAAUUCUAUGGGAAGUGGCAACUGGAACCUCUAAAUCUGCCUCAUGCUGUAAAUGGGAUAGUUCCUAAGAAUGAGCGUGGUCAAGUUGAAGUUUGGUCUGAGAAAUGCCUUCCUCCAGGGACCGUGCACUUGAGGUUUCCAAAGGCAUUUGCUGUUGCAAAGAGGCUAGAAAUUGAUUAUGCGUCUGCCAUGGUUGGUUUUGAAUUUAAAAAUGGCCGUUCACAUCCUGUCUUUGAUGGCAUUGUGGU